AGCGCGGGUCAAAAUCUAGUAAAUUCUUAUAAAGAUGGGUCCUACAGUAGGAUUCCUACUUCACGUGGUUACGGGCCCCACCGCCACGUAAGCUUACUGGUUGAUAGCUUCUCGUAAAAUCUCUUGUAAUCUCCUCUCAACCAAUCAUAAGCAGAAGCCCACGUGGGAUAAUCGGACCCAUCACGAGCCCACUGUUACAAGUCAGCACCCAGCAGCUGAUACAAGCAGGUAAUCAGCACUCCCUUUAGAUGAAGGAUAAUAUAUUUUAUUACUUAAAAUAUUAGUGAAUAUGUAAUAUCUCGUGUAAUAUUGAUUUAUACGGUAUAGUUUUUCAUUUGAUCAAAAAAAAGAAACGGUAUAGUUUUUCUUUUUUUUCUAAAUACUAUAUGAUAUGCUGUUUCUAUUUUCUAAAAUUGUAUUCUUCUUCUAAUUAACAAUUAUCUUUUUUGAAAAAAGGAGUGCUGAUUCCAUUAACAAUUAUCGCGUUGUAUAAACACAACUAGCCGAUUAAUAAACAUGUUAACUGUAACGAAAAUAAAAAUAAUAACAUUUUAUUUAGCAAAAAAUAACAUUUAUAUGUUGAUUUGGUUUUUAAGUAUCUGUAAUCAAUUAUUACACAAAUAAAACAAGCCCUGUCCAUUUUAGGUUAACUCCAGGACUAUAUACUGAAAAUUAUUUCAUCUAGACAUUUUGUCUUAUAUAUAUUUUAAGGUGCAUUUCUCUUUUUCUGUUCUUGUAGUGUUGUCACAUGCCUUUCUUCUCCCUUUCGUCAUCAUCUCUCUACUUGCUCCUCUAUAUAACAAACUACUCUUUAAAUCAAUAUCAUAUCAUGGGUGAUCAUAGCAGCUCACAAGCAUCUUACAUCCAUUUGGUGCAUCAUUUGAUAGAAGAAUGCAUAGUCUUCAACAUGGGAAAAAAAGAGUGUAUGGAUGCUCUGUUCAAGCAUGCUAAUAUCAACCCUAUCAUCACUUCCACGGUGUGGAAGGAGCUAGAGAAAGAGAACAAAGAGUUCUUCGAGGCAUACGAGAGACGAAGAAAAGAAAUACCGACCGAGAAAGAGACAGCUCGAAGAAUCCGAGAUUUGCUUUCACGAACUAAAAUCUAAGAUCACAAUACCUACUUGCUUAUGCGUACACAUGUAUGCAUGUAUAUGUAUGAAUGUAUGAAUAAACCGAAUUCUAUAAUAUACUCAAUGGGGGAAGUGAUGAUUAUGUACUGUAAUUUCCAGUAAGGAAUGAAUAAUUUUUUUAAUGGGGAAAAUGGCAUUUUCAUUUAUUUAUUUUUUGCUAGUGAUAUUUUCAUCUAAAGCACCUGUUUCCUCUACAAUAAAGGGAGGUGGAGGGGAACAUCUGGUGGUAUGAUCUAUAAGUGAGAGCUUCUUUUAAGAAUGAUAUACCGAUUUAUUUGCAUAUAUAACUAAUUAGAUCGUGACGAUAGGGUGUUUAUUAUUAAGUUUAUGAUUUUCUGUAUUUAUAUUUAUAUUUAAAUAUGUGAUUUCUGCAGUAAAACAUAUAUAACGUAAUUUAUAAAUAAUUAAGAUACAUAAAAUAUAAGCAAAAGCAAUAUAAUACUAUAUGAUUUGCAUACAGAGAUUUCAUUUCCAUUUGUGUUUAUUGCUUAUGAAUAUAGUCAAACUUUCUAUCUAUAUAUAUAUAGUUGAAACUUUCUCUAUGAAUGCAUGUAUAAAAUGAAAGAAAAAAGGAUAUAAUAUAUAUGAUUUCAUUUGUAUGCAAAGAUUUCAUCUCCGUUUAUCUUAUUAUUUCUGAAUCACUUUUAUAUAAUUUUGUUACUAUUUGAGAUCAAACACUGCGGUAGAAAGAAUUGUGUAAUUUAUAAUCGAUUAUAGAUAUAGUUAUCAGACUUAAAUCACAAUUAACUUCGGACUUGGUUCUAUAUAUCACGCAUGACUCAUUCAUUCACGGUUAACAAUAGUUUGACUAUUAGUCAAUUAACUAUUAUUCUAUUACCAAUACCACCAUCCACUUUCUAAAAAAUAUAUAUAUACCACCAUCCUCGAUCAUUAAGUUUUUUUUAGAGUUUCACUGUAUCAAAUUUGCGAUGAAACUCUAUAGUUUUGUCAUUUGUGCACCUCGACAAUAAUUAGGUUGAACCGUGUUUAAUUAAAAAACAAUGCUGGGAAGAAAACUGUUGGAAAUACAUCAAAUGUCGAAAAAACCACGUGGAAGGCACGUGGGAAUGUUCGUCAUUACAUAGGAUUGCGUGUUAGGAUUUGGUGAUGACGUUAAAAAAACUAUUGUGGCUUCUUCUUUUUGUUGGUGUAAGAGCAUGCGCAACGGUGUGUUUUAGGGAGUCCUUAGCGCUAGAUUAUAGGGUAAUCACAUUAAAAAUAAAUGAAAAAAGGCAAAUAAGCGAAGGAUCAGUCCGUGUAGAAGGAACUUAAGGACUUAAUCCUUAGGGCAGCUGGCACGCUUUGAUUGGGUCGAGUUGUGUUUGUGUGUCGUGGUCACGAAAAAAAAAAUCAUUCGACACAAACGUAGAAAAAAAAACUCUCGAAGAAACAGAAGGCGAUUUUCGAUCCAUCUCGUUCCAUCUUCUUCCCUCGCGUUCCAAGAUAAAUCGAGAGGAAUCUGUAGAUUUAUGGUAUUAGAUUAGGUUCCUUGUAGUUUUCCUGUAAAUUUAGGGUUCGUUUUGCUUUUUUAAAUCGAAUUGGGGAUUUUCGUUUCAAGUUAGGGUUUCAAAUGAUUUGGGUUUUCAAUCGAUUUGUAGAGGUUUUGGUUAGUAGUUACGGUUCCGAAACUGAAAUAGGUUUGAUUAACGAUUUGCUUAUCUGCUUUUAACCAUUGAUCCAUCUGGUUCUGUCUGUCUGAUUUCAAACGAUGAAUGCUUAUCUGCUUCGUCUGCUUUUCUGCUUUGACUCAAGGUUUUAUUUUCUUGUGAAACUUAAAACACGAUCCUUUGUGUGUUUACACGAUCCCCCUCAUCUAUGCUUUGAUAAAUUUCUGUUUGGUUAGUCGUCUGAUGAUGAAUGCUCUGUGGUAGUUGUUGUUUCACUUUUGUUGUUCUAUUUUGUGCUUACAUAUUUAAAAAUUUCAGGUUAAGCAAACAUGGGCCAAGACUAUAGCUACACCCAGCCUUCCUCAUCAGACGAGUAUGACUUGACCUCACUGCUUGAAGCUGAAGCGGCUUUGUACGCCGAAGAAGCUGAGAGUAGCUACAACAUUGGUGAGCCUGUUCAGUGCCCACCUCAGCCGUUUCAGUACUUAUGUGGGGGACAUACAAAUGCGGAGGAGAUGCGUGCCUUUGAGACACAACUUAGUCUUCUCAAGGAUCAAGUUCGUGCGAGUGACCAGAAGCUGGCUACGCUCGAGAAGACCCUGUGUGAUGAGUUAUGCAAGAAGACAUCAUGGGUUACAAUUCUUGGAGUAUCUCUUCUGCUGAGCCUUUUACUUUUAAUAGCGGUGAUAAUUCUUGGAGGAACAGCUUCGAAGGAUAGUAGAAGACUAUCUAACGUGGAGACUGUCUUUAAGGUUCCGCAGUAAAAGAGGAAGCAAGUCACGGGUGCCUUUGGAGUGGUGAAAGUCUUUUCUUCUGUAGCUCAUGUGAAGCAAGUCACGGGAAGUCCUUUUUCUGCUAUAAGUUUGUGUCUCGGUUUCUAUCUUGCCAUCACUUCUUCCUUCCUUUUUUUUCCCGAUUCCAAUCUGGUCGAGAAGAAGUUGUUUUAGUUUAUUGUUGUUGUAACAUUUAGCUACUACUCCAAGUUGUAAGUUUGGCUACAACUCUAUCUUGCCAUCAGUACUAUUUUUAAUCAGAUAUGUCAUCAUCUUCAUCCGAUGAAGUCGAUGAAAGAUUGGACGAAAUUUGUGAAGAAUACGUAGAAGAAAUAUACAACGACAUUGUGGAGGCCCAAACCAUACCGCAAAGGACACGUGCAUAUGUAGAACGACACCGCGAAGGAGGACAAGACCAAUUAUGGAAUGAUUACUUCAGCGAAAAUUCGACUUUCUCGACUCAAUUAUUCAGACGCCGUUUCCGCAUGAAUAAGGAAUUAUUCUUGCGUCUUGUUCAUGGCCUAGAAGCGUCCUUUCCAUUCUUUCAGCAAAGAAGAGAUGCAACCGGCAGGUGGAGUCUUACUGCACUACAAAAAUGUACUGCAGCUAUUCGUCUGCUCGCUUAUGGUACCGCGGCCGACACCGUUGACGAAUAUCUGCGACUUGGUGAGACCACUGCACUUUCGUGUUUACAUAAUUUUACUGACGGAAUAAUACUGUUAUUCGGAGAAGAGUAUCUACGACGACCCACACCGGAGGAUCUUCAACGACUACUCGAUAUUGGAGAGAAACGAGGGUUUCCUGGGAUGGUCGGGAGCAUUGACUGUAUGCACUGGGAGUGGAAAAAUUGCCCAACCGCUUGGAAAGGACAAUACGCCCGUGGAUCAGGAAAACCGACAAUUGUAUUAGAGGCUGUAGCAUCCCAAGAUCUUUGGAUAUGGCACGCCUUUUUUGGUCCUCCAGGUACCUUAAACGAUAUUAAUGUCCUCGAUCGGUCUCCUGUUUUUGAUGAUAUUUUACAAGGUCGAGCUCCGAGGGUAAAGUACGUGGUCAACGGACACACGUAUAAGUUGGGGUACUACCUCACAGACGGUAUAUAUCCAAAAUGGUCAACAUUUAUCCAAUCUAUUACCCUUCCUCAAACUCCUCAACAAGAGUUAUUUGCUAAAGUUCAAGAAGCAACCCGGAAAGAUGUGGAGCGGGCUUUUGGAGUACUUCAAUCUCGAUUUGCAAUUGUGAGAAAUCCGGUCAAAACAUUGAACAAAGACAAGAUAGGGAAGAUUAUGCGAGCAUGUAUCAUACUUCACAAUAUGAUAGUCGAAGAUGAACGGGAUGGAUACUCUCGUAUUGAUAUAUCUGAAUUUGAAGAAGGAGACGUCCCCAGAUGUUCAGAAGUGGAAACCGAGUGGCCAACAAAUCUGAAUAAUAUCUUUCCCACUCGAAAUGAUCUUCGUGAUAGGCAAACACAUGAACGGUUGAAAACUGAUUUAAUUCAAAAUAUUUGGAAUAAAUUUGGUGAAGAAGAUUAGAAAUUAUUCUAUCUUUAUGUAAAAUUAAUGUUCUUUUCUUUAAUUGUUGUCUUUUUAUGUUUAAUUAAUGUAUUUUAUGUUUAAUUAUGGAAUUUUAUGUUUAAUUAUGGAAUUUUUUGUUUAUUUAUUAUAUUUAGUCAUCCAAUAUAUAUAAAUUAUAUUUCACAACAAAUUUUUUUUUUUUUUUUUAAGGAUCCCAACUUCGGACUCACCAUUGUACAGCUAUUUUUCACAAGAGUCCUUAACAAUUAAAAAAAAAAAAAAAAAAAAAAAAAAAAGAUUAAUCUAAUCCUAAGGACUCCACAAUGGGUAUCACCAUUGUGGGUGCUCUAAUAUACUAUAUA